AUGGACAAGGACAUGGCUUGCUGCACCACAGCACGCGAGCUGCUGUGCUUGAGAACCUUUAGGGGCAUAUGGUGGGAAGCUGGCGGUGCUGCCGGUGGAUCUGACACCAGUUUGGCACCAGAGUUUGGACUUGGAAGGCCCAGAUUCUCAGUGUGGGCACACCGUCGCAUGUUUCCAGUUGGCGAAAGCUACGCACCUCCGCCUGUCCGCCCCUGUGAGGUGCUUGAUGAGGAGGCUUCCGCUGAAGCUUUCCACGAUGGCGGCAUCUUGUACAUCCACGAGAUAAUUCCAGGUCGGUACCUGAGAAGUAUUACGAGUACUGCAGAGGAGAGACAUGGACGAAGUACCGCUUGCACACGCGGCCCAAGGACUGCCAGCAUCAAGAAGCCUGUUUUGUCGUCCUCCCUAGCCUCGAAGGGUUUUGCACCGGGUGAGAUUGUCAUGUCAUCACGGACCGCGUUUGCACCCUCGUCGUCUUCCUUGGCUACCGCGAAAGGCACGCGGCAUCCCGCCGCGAUCCCACCAGACCAGAGCCGGCCAUGCAAGCGCACGUCCGCUUUUCUUGAGCUCGAGCUCGAGCUCAUCAAAUCUCAUGGUCAAAUGCUCGCGCACGCCUCCCAGGGCCCUGCCAGUCUCCGUCUGUUUCUUCCCCAGGCCCGCCGCACAGACCGAGAGCGACUCGCAGACUUGCAUCAGACACGACGACACACAUUGGCGCGGUGGCGGCUGCGAGCCUCUGCGUCCACGGGCAACCUGGAAGCCAUUUUGGCGGUCGUCGGAACGCACAGCGACUGCUACGCUAGCCAUGCCCAGCUGGGCUCUGUCUUGGGUUCUGGACCCGGACCUCUGGGCUGUGGCUCUAGCCUCGAAGCCUCUAGCCUAGAGGCUGCGAGCGCUCUGGGCGCCAAAGUCUGCACAGCGCGAGUCCCGGCCCACCCAACGCGCAGCUGA